ACAGAGACUCGGAGGGCGCGGACCUGGAGGAGGCGCCCCGGACGGCGACGCCUCUCGCUCUCGGAGGAAGUUGGCUCUUUAAUUACAGAGCAGGGUCGCCGUCGCAUCAGCUCCGGGAGCGAGCAGCGGGCGCCGGGCGGGCGGCGCUCUGCACACCGGGCCCGCGGCCAUGGGCGGCUCGGCCUCCAGCCAGCUGGACGAGGGCAAGUGCGCCUACAUUCGAGGGAAAACCGAGGCUGCUAUCAAAAACUUCAGGCCCUACUACAGUCGCCAGUACUCCGUGGCUUUCUGCAAUCAUGUGCGCAGUGAAGUAGAACAGCAAAGAGAUUUGACAUCGCAAUUUUUGAAGACCAAGCCACCCUUGGAGCCUGGAACUGUUUUGUAUGAAGCAGAGCUAUCACAGUUUGCUGAAGACCUAAAAAAGUGGAAGGACAGAUACGUUGUGGUUAAAAAUGAUUUUGUUGUGGAGAGCUAUGAGAAUAAAGAGGCCUAUCAGAAAGGAGCUGCUCCUAAAAGCCGAAUUCUUCCCGCUGGUGGAAAAGUACUAACCUCAGAAGAAGAAUAUAAUCUAUUAUCUGACAAGCAUUUCCCAGACCCCCUUGCCUCUAGUGAGAAGGAGAACGCUCAGCCCUUUGUGGUCGUACCAAAGGAGUUUCCUGUAUACCUGUGGCAGCCCUUCCUCAGACACGGCUAUUUCUGCUUCUGCGAGGCUGCUGACCAGAAGAAGUUUAGUGCUCUCUUGAGUGACUGCAUCCGGCAUCUAAACCAUGAUUACAAGAAGCAGACGACCUUUGAAGCCCAAGCCUUUUUGGAAGCUGUGCAGUUCUUCCGACAAGAGAAGGGUCACUAUGGCUCUUGGGACAUGCUCACUGGGGGUGAAGUCCAGGUGUUGAGCAACCUGGUGAUGGAGGAACUCCUGCCAACCCUUCAGACAGACCUGCUGCCGAAAAUGAAGGGGAAGAAGAACGACAGAAAGAGGACCUGGCUCAGUCUCCUCGAGGAGGCUUACAACCUUGUUCAGCAUCAAGUUUCGGAAGGAUUAAGUGCCUUGAAGGAGGAAUGCAGAACUCUGACAAAGGGCUUGGAAGGAACGAUCCGUUCAGACAUGGAUCAGAUCGUGAACUCCAAGAACUUUUUAAUUGGAAAGAUCAAAGCGAUGGUGGCCCAGCUGGCAGAGAAAAGCUGUGCAGAGAGCGUGCAACCGUUUUUGGCGUCCAUUCUGGAGGAGCUCAUGGGACCCGUGAGCUCUGGAUUCAGUGAAGUACGUGCACUCUUUGAAAAAGAAGUGGAUGAACUCAGCCAGAGCUUCCAGACCAGCAAAGACAGUGCCCAGCUAACGGAGCAUCUAGAUCAGCUUAUGAAACUUCCACUGGAUUCUGUGAAGAUGGAAGCUUGUUAUAGUAAAGUGGACCUGCUUCAAGAGCGCCUGCAGGAUCUCAAGAGCCGCUUCAGAUUCCCCCACGUUGAUCUGGUGAUCCAGAGGACGCAGAACUACAUGCAGGAGCUGAUGGAGAAUGCAGCAUUCACUUUUGAGCAGUUGCUUUCCCCACAUCUCCAAGGAGAGGCUUCCAAAACUGCUGUUGCCAUUGAGAAGGUUAAGCUUCGAGUCUUAAAGCAAUACGAUUAUGACAGCAGCACCAUCCGGAAGAAGAUAUUUCAGGAGGCACUGGUUGAAAUUACACUUCCCACCUUGCAGAAGGCACUGGCAUCCACGUGCAAACCAGAGCUUCAGAAGUAUGAGCAGUUCAUCUUUGCAGAUCAUACCAACAUGAUCCAUGUGGAAAAUGUCUAUGAGGAGAUUUUGCAUCAGAUCCUCCUUAAUGAAACCCUGAAAGUGAUAAAGGAAGCUGCUAUCCUGAAGAAACACAACUUAUUUGAAGACAACAUGGCCUUGCCCAGUGAAAGCGUGUCCAGCUUAACAGAUCUAAAAAUCCCCACAGGGUCCAACCAGGCCAGCCCUGCCAGGACAGCCUCUGGCCUUCUGCCAGGAGUCCUGGGUAGUGAGACUCUGAAUAAUGAAGUGUUCCAGGAGUCAGAGGAAAAGCAGCAGCCUGUGGUCCCUAGUCCACUGGCCAAACGAGAAAGCCUUUCUCUGCCUGAUCCCAGCCCUCCCCCAGGUGGGGAUGAGCAGGUGAUCAUUUCAAGAAUGGAGGACCCCGUUGUGAGUCCUGUGGCUGCGGAGGACACGUCAGGACUCGUGGGCACACCUGCAGCACAGCUGGAGUUUGGAGGGACCCCCAAAGAUGAAGAAUCCACCCACGAAGAGCUAAAAUCUGUCUCUGCCUCAGGCUCCUUAAAUGAGCUGAGAAAGUUGUUGACAGAGACCAUUGAGGUCCCUGUCGCAUCUGCUCUAGCAACUGAAAAAGAUACCAAGGAAGAUACCCUUUCUCCUCAAGAAAAUGAAAAAGAAGAUGAAAAAACACAAAUCUGCACAGAGGCCCAGCGGGCAGCUGCCUCCCCUCUGGACAACUGUAAAGAAAGUGAAGCCAGUGAGGGGAAGGCCCAUCCUCCUCCUCUGGAGGCUGAAGCAGGGGCUUGGGAAUUGGGGGAAUUUCCAGAGCCAAGUGGCUCUGCCUCUGAGCCAGCCUGUGGAGGCCUCCCCAAGGCUGACUGCCCAGGCCCCGCAGAGCAGCCAGUGGAGAUCAGGGAGUCAGCAGAGGCUGGGGAGCCAAUGGAGGCCAGGGAGCCAGUGGAGGCUGGGGAGCCAGCGGAGGCCGGGGAGCCAGUGGAGGCCGGGGAGCCAGUGGAGGCUGGGGAGCCAGUGGAGGCCGGGGAGCCAGCGGAGGCCGGGGAGCCAGUGGAGGCCGGGGAGCCAGUGGAGGCUGGGGAGCCAGCGGAGGCUAGGGAGCCAGUGGAGGCCGGGGAGCAGGCAGAGGCAAUAGAGCCAGUGGAGGCUGGGGAGCCAGUAGAGGCCAGCGAGCCAGUGGAGGCUGGGGAGCCCACAGAGAAGGCUUCCACACUGGUCACCCAGGAGGGAGGAGAGGCCGAGUGCACAGUGCAGGGUGAGGUGAUGCUGCAAGAAGGUUGCAUUGUAGGUUCUGACCCCACCUGCCCCAGUGAGAGCCGGGUUUCUGAGGAACAAGAACAGGUCGGAGAGAAGAACAGCCCAGGCAAGGUCAUGGCCAGCACGAAUAAACAGGAGAUUAAGGCUGCUCGUGUUCAUGAGUGCCAGUGGGUAGUAGAGAAUGUUCCCAACACAGAGGUCCUAGUUUCCCAUACAGAGGAUGUAAAGAAGAGAGAAUCUUGUCAGGACAGUUACCCAGAUCAGCCCUUGGAAGAGUGAAAGGGACAGUUUGGCAAAAGUCUUUGACAAAGCUAAUCAAAGGGUUAUAGUUAUGGGUACACUUAGGGGCUGCACGUGAGAUGUUAACCAAAAAAAAAGAUUUGUUAAUUAUUUUCUUAAUGUGAAUACGAAAACCAGAGGAAAUGAAUGCAGACAGCCCCCUUCUGUAGGACUGAACUGUUCUACCACCAGUGAUUGCUUUAGUGUUUUAAUAGGCAUUACAAAGGCAAUGAGGAGCUUGGGCGGGGGAGCCGAGAGUGCUGAGGGAGGGAGUGAAACUGCAGUGAAGGCUGUGAAAACAGCACAGUUUUCAAUAUACUCUGCACAUUUUGAUGGUGUGACACUUACACACUUUAAGGCUUUUUAAUUUCAUAUAUGAAUCUAAUGUAUACUGUAACUCUAGCUUCAUCAUCUACUAUACCAAAGUCACUAUCUCUUAGGGACUCAGCAUUUGUUCACAGUCUGGGUCCAAGAAAAGAGCAGUUCAUGAGCAGUCUCCCCUGCUGUGUGCGCCCCACCACCUGUCACACCCAGACCACAAGAGAAGGCUGACGGAAGUGAAGGGAGGGAGGAAGGUGUGGCCUGCAGGCGUGUGUGGCUUGUUACUAAUUCUGCUAUCACUUUCUUUUUAAUUAAUCUUGUUGAUUCUUAUUAAUUAAUAUCCUUUUAAAGAAAUUCAGAUGAGGCAGGAAAAUUUCAUUGUUGUAUAUGAGCCCAAACGCAUUCCAAAUUAGCCUUAGACUGUGCAAAGGGCUUAGCUGUAAGUUAUCAAGCUUAAAGCCUACCAAUUAAACAAACAUUAUUUGAACAGCAACUCCUUGCCACGUACUGUGUUUGGCGUAAUUAAAAAAAAAAAAAAAGGUGCUGAUUCUAGUGAUUCUAGUAUGAAUUAAAAGGUCCCAGGGAAUUUGAUCUAGAAGAGAAAACAUGCUAAUUUUCAAACUAUGAUGGUUUUGUUCUCUUUCUGUUCAAAUAGUCCUGGUUCAUUCCUAGAAGGCAACAAAAUGAAUAAAUGAAUAAAUAGGUGGAGACAAAAAUUAAGGUAUAUACCAUCAAGUUUCAAAAAUGUUACCCAAAAUAGAAAUCAUUCUUUGGUCAUUCAACAAGUUACUUGAGUUCCGGUACUAAGCUCUGGGGAUACCAUGGUGAAGAGGAUGCUGUUUCUUCCUCCUGGAACUUACAUUUUCAUGGAAAUAGACACAAAUACAUGUUCUAAAUUGAUCAUGACCUUUAAUCAUUAAUGAUAAAGAUGAAAUGAACUUACUUGCAAAAGAUUAAAAAACAUUGCUCUAUUUAUUGUCCGUCAGAAAAAUACUAGAAAAAAAAAAAACAGAAAAGAAAAA